UGUGUGUGUGUGUGUGUGUCCGCCCGCUUUUAUUGACUUCAGACGGGAACUGUACGCUGUACACCAUUAACUAACUCUUUUAACCCGUUUUUUUUUUUUUUUAUCACAUGUGGUAUUAUUAUUAGUCGCAAAACUGCCAUGUCUCGGUUACUGUGUUUAUCACAGGGUCUCAUUUACACAAAAUGUAGAUACAGUGCGCAGAAAUCCGAGCCCUUCGUGUCUUUGUUGACAUACAGAGAUAAUCUGAUGAGAAGAUUCAUUUCAACACAGAGAAGAACUGUCUUCACAUUUUAUAAGAACAGAUCUCUAUGGAUAUUCGGCAUUGGGACGGGCUUUGUUUUGGCUGUGGGGUUGAAAUAUCGUGAUUCUGUGUCUAAACACUGUGAAUGUGAUGUACAGAAAACAGACAGCGCUGAAACUCUCUCAAAGUACAGAACUGCUAUAGAGAUCAGCAGAGACCUGCUACAGCGGAAUCAGGAUGAAGUUGGGGCACCAGGAAUGGUUAUUGGAGUCUCGGUGGAUGGCAACCAAGUUUGGUGUGAAGGGGUUGGUUAUGCAGAUCUGGAGAACAGAGUGCCUUGCAGCCCCGACACAGUGAUGAGAAUCGCCAGCAUCAGUAAACCUCUGACCACAGCGGCCGUCAUUCGACUCUGGGAGGAGGGCAAGAUAGAUCUAGAUGCCGCUGUGCAAAAAUACGUCCCUGAGUUCCCAGAGAAGCAAUUUGAGGGAGAAAAUGUAACAAUAACACCUCGAAUGCUCCUGUCUCACUUGAGUGGCAUCCGUCACUAUGAAAAAGAUGCCAAGAAAGUGAGAGAGGACAAAGAGAAAGCAAAGCGCCUUCUGAAGCCCCCGGAGAAGAAAGAGGAGAGGAAAGAGGAAAAGGGCUCAGUUGAUAGCAAAGAGAAGCCUAGAGCAGAGGACAAAAGUGCUAAAUGCAAAGAGGCCAAAGCAGGCCAGAGGAAAAAAGAGUUUGAGCAGGAGGAGUACUACCUCAAAUACAGCUUUGAGAAUGUCAUCCAGGCUUUGGACUUAUUCAAAGAUGAUCCUCUGAUUUUUAAGCCCGGUUCUACGUUCCUGUAUUCCACACAUGCCUUCACGCUGCUUAGUGCUGUGGUGGAGAGAGCAGCAGGUCAUCGCUUCCUCGACCACAUGAUGAAGAUGUUUCGUGAUCUGGGCAUGUUCAACACAGUGCCGGAUAAGAACGACCCAAUCAUUUACAACCGCUCAAGAUUCUACCACUUCAAUAAAAAGGGCCGUAUUGUGAACUGCCCCUAUGUCGACAAUUCAUACAAAUGGGCUGGCGGGGGAUUUCUGUCCACUGUUGGGGACCUUCUCGUCUUUGGGAACGCUCUGCUCUACAGCUUUCAAAUGGCGAAACUGAAGAACACAGACGGGCUUCUCCCCGGCUUCCUCAAACCCCACACGGCCAAAGCCAUGUGGGCGCCGGUGGACAAAACCGAAGCAUCAUGGGACAAAGACGGAAUGUACGGCCAGGGCUGGCUGGUUGUGGAGAAACAGCAGAAAUACGGUCAGUGCCACAAUCGCAGGCAUUACGUCUCACACACGGGGGGCGCUGUGGGAGCUAGUAGCGUGCUACUGGUGUUACCUAGAGAGAGCAAACAGGUCACGGAUGAGAAGCUGACCCCUCCACAGGGUGUAGUGGUGACCAUCAUUACUAACAUGCAGUCGGUGGGACUGAAUGCCACUGCGCUGAAGAUCGCCCAAGAAUUUGACAAAGCCAGGGAUGAAUACAUUGAAUUUUAUUGAUGGCUGAUAAGCACAUGCACUGCAGUAUUCCUUUUUAGCCAUUUCAGGAGUUUUCUGUGUCAAACAUCAGGUGUUUGAAACAAACUUAGGUCUGACCUGCCAUACCACGCCUUGGUUUUCAUUGCACUGUUAUGCCAAAAAAUCAUUUUGAUAACUUUUAUACAUGUAUGAUCUGUCUAAAAAGUUGAAUGAAUAAAAAUAUAUAAUGGAAA